AUGUGUGACUCACCAGGAUCCGAACAGCGAUCGAAACGACGUCGUAUCGACAAGACGGGUCGAUUUGCGGCUUUGGAGAGGCUUAAGAAAAUGAAAGAGUCUGGCAGCAAGCACAAGUAUGAAGUGAACGAAAUCGAGAACGUGUACGAUGAAGUGGACGAGAAGGAGUACGCCAAGCUGGUCAACAAGCGCAUGAACGAAGAUUGGGUGGAAGACGAUGAUGGUUUCGGGUACGUGGAGGAUGGUCGCGAAAUCUUCGACGAUGAUGAACUCGAUGCACCUGCACCCAGUGGCAGCAAACAAAAGAAAGGGCGCAAGGGCUCAAAGCGGGCGCGCGAUGGCGGUCACGGUGAUGGCGAUGCACCGGCCACCGGGAGAAAAUCGUUGAAAAACUUCUUCAAUCGGGAGCAAGCACCGAAGGCGACGGUUGAAGAUGACGCGGCGCUGCAGGAGAUUUUGGGGGAAAUCAACUCGGAGGCUGGAGUCGACACAAACGAGGCGGCCGGCUCGAAGCCGACCAACGAGGUGCGCACGCAGUCGAAGCCGAUUCGUCCCCUGCAAUCGAAACCGGUGGUCCCCCGCAAUACACUGAGCGCGGAGGAAGAAAUGAAGCGAUAUAUGGAAAAUUUGAGUAAACAUUUGAAAAAACCUGAGAAGAAACCGACCCACCUCGAGGUGGACCGUGACGAGGAGAUACUACAGAAAGUGAUCGCAGAGACGGAAGGGAAAACGGUGGCCAGAAAGAGUACGGUCGCUCAGUCGACUCAGAAGAAAGACACAUCGCUAGAGCCGAUCAUGAAAGAGGAACCGAUCACACAGACCGAACCGCCGGCAGUGACCGUCGAUGAGGUCGCAGCGAUUGACGAAAGUCACUUCCUGGAUGAGGAUGAUUUCGAAGAAAUAAAGUCGAGCACGAGCGGCCACAAGCCAAAGGAAGAGGAGCCGGUGCAGGAGCCAGCGGUUUCGGCCAACCUGCUCAACGGAUGGGACAACAUUUUUACCGGUAUUGAAGAGGACGACAUGAUGGGUGCGAUCGUCGAUCCAGACUGCACAGCGGACAGCGCUGAUGUUAACGGAGGCUCGUCGGCGGAGGUGCUAAAGUUUUGGUUCUGGGACGCGUGGAACGAUCCGAACAAGUGUCAAGGAGAGUUGUAUCUUUUCGGGCGCACCCAGACACCGGGCAAACCGCGAGAGUUCCGUUCGAUCUGCGUGCACGUUCAGAACGUCGAACGGUGCAUGUACCUGUUGGCUCGCGAACGUGACACCGAAACGGACAAACCGGUCAGCAUGCUCGAGGUAUACAACGAGUUUUGCAACGACAUCAGCAACAAGCUAAACAUCACCAAGUACCGGACGCGCGUCGUAACGAAGAACUUUGCCUACACCACGAGUGCCACCAAAGGACUCCAGGUGCCGGUACAGAGCGAGUAUCUGGAGGUCCGGUACAGUGCCAAGCUACCGGCGCCAUCGCUCGAUCGGCGCUAUCGUACGAUCGCGCACAUCUUCGGCACCAACACAAACGUUGUGGAACAGUUUCUGCUCGAGCGCAAGGUGAAAGGGCCGUGCUGGAUGGAACUGCGCAACGUUACGCAACGCGAAACGAAAUCGAGCUGGUGCAAGUUGGAGGUAGGCGUUCCGGAUGUGGCCAGUGUUACGCUGGCCACUGACGGAACUGGAACGACCACUCCGCCGCCGCUCGUACUGUGCUCGAUCAACGUUCGCAGCACUCUGCGCAACAACACCAACGAAAUCGCCAUGAUCACGAUGCUGGUGAACGAUCGGUUUUCGCUCAACAAACCACCGCCGAAUCCACCGUUCAACCGACAGUACUGCGGUGUGACACGGCCGUCUAGCACAAUCUGGCCGCUUGGGUUCGAUGCGGCCGACUGCAAGGCGAAGGUGACCAAGUGCGAAAGCGAACGCUCGCUGCUCAGCUGGUUCCUGUCCACGUUCCAGGUACUCGAUCCCGAUCUGGUCGUCACGUUCGAUUCGUACGACUUCCAGCUGGAUCUGAUCUGCCAGCGGCUGAUGACGACCAAGAUGGCCCUCUGGAACCGGGUGGGUCGGCUGAAGGUCAAGAGCCCAGCCAGCAAGCGAGUGGACGAUUUCUUUGUGGGGCGUAUGAUUUGCGACGUAAAAACGUCGGCCGAAGAGCUGAUCCGCUCGCGGGCCUACGAUCUAAACACACUCUGCACAGAGGUGCUGAAGGUGGGCGAGGGAGAGCGAAAGGACGUGCUGCUCGAUGAGAUUCCGACGAUGUACGAGCAAGCGGACAGCCUGGUCCAGCUCGUUGGCCUUACGAUGCAGGACAAUUUCUACACGCUCCGGUUGAUGUGUGAACUGAAUGCGCUUCCACUUGCCCUGCAGAUCACGCAGAUUGCGGGCAACCUGAUGAACCGCACGCUUCACGGUGGCCGCGCAGAACGGAACGAGUUCCUGCUGCUCCACGCAUUUCACGAGCGCGACUACAUUCUGCCCGAUAAGGCACCGCCACAAACGGCGGGUUCCCGGAAGGAUGGUGGCGCGGCCACUGAGGAGAAAAGGAAGCCCAAAAGCAAAGCCGCAUACGCCGGCGGGUUGGUGCUGGAUCCGAUCAAGGGUUUCUAUGACAAGUUCGUGCUGCUGAUGGACUUUAACUCGCUGUACCCGAGCAUCAUCCAGGAGUACAACAUCUGCUUCACCACCGUCCUUCCGCCGGCGGUCAGUGGAGAAGGCGGUGGGGACGAAGAACUCGCCGAGCCGACCAUCCUGGCGACGACGGAGAUCGGCAUUUUGCCGCGUCAGAUCCGCAAACUGGUCGAAAGCCGCCGGGCUGUGAAGCAGCUGAUGAAGGCGCCCGAUCUGUCACCGGAGCAGGCCAUGCAGUACCACAUCCGCCAGAUGGCCCUCAAGCUGACGGCAAACUCGCUGUACGGGUGCCUCGGGUACACGCGGUCCCGUUUCUACGCCCAGCAUCUGGCCUCGCUGAUCACGCAGAAGGGCCGCGAGAUUCUGCUCAACACGAAGUCGAUCGUCGAGCGAAUGAACUAUCAGGUGAUCUACGGCGACACGGAUAGUAUCAUGAUCAACACGAACAUCACCGACUACGAGCAGGUGUUCCGGAUCGGGGCCGGCAUCAAGCAGCACGUCAACAAGACGUACCGUUGCCUGGAGCUCGACGUGGACGGGAUCUACAAAUAUCUGCUGCUGUUGAAGAAGAAAAAGUACGCCGCUGUGACGAUAAGCAAGAAACCGGGCGACACGGGGGGAGACUACGUGUGCAGCCAGGAACUGAAGGGGUUGGACAUUGUGCGUCGCGACUGGUCACGGAUCGCCGUGAUGGCGGGCAAGAUGAUCCUCGGCCAGAUACUGUCCGAUGCGCCGAUGGACGAUCGGAUCGGUAACAUUCACGUGCAGCUCGAGAAGCUGAAGGACGAUCUGCAGGCCGGCACGUUGUCGUUGCAGCUCCUCGAGAUCACCAAGCAGCUUACGCGCCCCCUGAGCGAGUAUGCCGAUGGGGGCCAGUUACCGCACGUCCAGGUGGCAAAGCGCAUGAACCGGCAGCGUAAUCGCAACUACAAACGGGGCGACAUGGUCAACUACAUCAUCUGCCAGGAUGGUACGUCGGCCGCGGCUAUGAAGCGUGCGUACCACAUCGACGAGGUGCGUGAUCCGGCCAACGCAGAAAAGCUGCAGGUCGAUGUGGAGUACUAUCUGGCGCAACAGAUCCACCCGGUCGUGUUCCGUAUCUGUGAACCGCUCGAGGGCACGGACGCGUGCCGACUGGCGAUUUGCCUAGGGCUCGAUCCGGCCAAGUAUCGAACGCUGAUGAGAGCGAGUGGGGGGCAAGACGGCGAUGGUAUGCACGGUGGAGAGCAUGGAGAAAGUCUCAUCAAAACGGCCACCGAACGGUAUCGGUUGUGCCAUCGAUUCGAGUUCACGUGCGUCGCGUGUCGCACCAAGAAUACGGUGGCAAGUGCAUUCCGGCCGUCAUCGGUCGCCGGUCGCCACCGGUCGGUGUUUGAGCGGUGCGCCAACGAGGACGGAGGAUGCACGGUGCUUCCGCUACAGUAUCUUCCCGCAAUCGUGAAUGAACUGACACUGGCCAUCCGGAGCGACAUCAAGCGGUUCUACGCGCGCUGGAUGGUGUGCGACAAUCCGAUCUGCAACCGCAACACGCGCCAGUUCGCGCACGUGGCCAGCAAGAACAAUCCCUACUGUUUGCACUGCCAGCGCGGUCUGCUGGUGCUCCAGUACUCCGAGACGGAUCUGUACAAGCAGUUGUCCUACUAUCACUACAUGUUCGAUCUGGACCAGUACAGCCCGAAAAUGACAAAAGGGCUGGCCCCGGAUGUACGGAACAUGUACACGGCACUCAAAGAAACCGUCGAACGGUUUCAGCAGCGCUCGAAGUAUGGUGUCGUCAAUCUGGCCGCCUUCUACAUGGACUACGCAGUGCCGGCACCGGUGCGAAACCAAGGGCCACCGUCAGCUCGUCUGCUGUAUCCGGUGCGCGAGUUUACCGCCAAUCUGGUCAAACGGAUGGAAGCGGUAGACAUGUCGGCGUUGGUUAAGAGCGAAAACACAGACCGCAAGGUAUCGCUAAUGAAUGAAAAGUUUAUCCAAUGGAAACUUUACCUCAAUUGA